CAUCAACAGGGACAACAGGAAUUGUUUUGUUGUCUUUCUAUUACAGCACUUCGGGAGUUAAACAGGAAGUUUUAGAUGAAACAAUCGUAAUGAAGGUGUUUAUGUCUGAAGAUAAUUUGUGCGCUCAAAACUUACUCAAGCUUGUGUCUCAUGGAAAUGCAAUAGUUGCGGAAAUUUUAAGACUAAAGGAUCAUAAGCCCGAAGCGUAUCAAUUAAGCAAUAAAGAUGCUCUUCAUAAAUAUCAAGAUAUUAUUUUGGAUUUUAGUUACUUUAAGGUCUCGGAUUCUCAAGAAAAGAAAAUAAACUGUAAUCCUAAACUACAAGAUUUGGAUGACGAGCUAAAAGAAAAAUAUUUAGAAUUGAUUAAUCGUUUUUUUUUACUUUUUGAAAAUAUUUAUCAAUACAUUGUUGAUUUAAAUUCUUUUGUUGAACAAUUAAAUGAUAAUACAUUUAUUCAACAAAAUAUUGAGACAGUCCUUAAAGAUGUGGAGGGAAAACAACUUUUAUGUGAAUGUUUGUACCUAUAUGGAGCAAUGCUUUUACUAUGUGACUUAUACAUUCCUGGUCCAAUGAGGGAAAGACUGCUUGUCGCGUUUUACCGCUACAGCACAAGUCAAUCACAAUCAAAUAUUGAUGAUGUGUGCAAGCUCUUACGAGAUACUGGUUAUGAUCAAGUAAAUGGGAAAAGACCUGCAGAUUACCCUGUUGAAUACUUUAGUCGAGUUUACAUCCGUCCAGAAUUUGUAGAAAAAGUGGUAGGAAAAUUAAGAUCUGAAGACAUAUACAAUCAGCUUGCUGUUUAUACAAUUCCUGAGCAUCAGGCAUCAGCCUUAGGAACUCAGGCCAGCAUGCUGGUCAUCUGUUUAUUCUUUACACCACAUUACCUCAAUACAGAUAUGUCUAAAAUGAGAGAAAUUGUCGACAAGUUUUUCCCAAGCAAUUGGGUUAUACCUAUUUAUAUGGGUGUUACAAUGAAUAUCAUUGAUUAUUGGGAUAAUUUUAAAGCAGCUAAAUCAGCCUUAAACAACACAUGUAAUGGCAAGAUGAUCAAAGAGAUUUUUGCAAAAAGAGGAAGUUCCGUGUCUGUACUAACAUCUAAAACACAUCAAUUAUUGAAAGAAGGCACCCUUACUGAUGAUUUCGUUUUGGACAAUAUAAGCAAAAUUCUAAAUCUGCUUUUAAACUCGAACCUUGUUUUGAGAUGGCUACUAUUGCAUAAUACCGACGUAACUUUUUACGACAAUAAUAAAAAAAGCAAACAACUAAAAGACUUGGUAUUAAAAGAGUCUAACUACGACCCAUUAAAAAUAUUGGAACUAUUAAUCAGCACUGCUGAACUAGAACUAAAAGUAAGAGAAAUCCUGAAUAAGUUGUUGGAAAAUAGAGAUUCAACAUGGAAUACGAAUAAAUCUAUUGCAAUUGAGUCAGUGAAAAGUUUGUCAGAACUUUUCUCUGGAGCAAAUCCUGUUGCCAAAAUACAAGAGAAUGAACAGUUGAAGAUGUGGUUUGAUAACAUCGCUACUCAAAUAAGUUCUCUAGGUGAACCUAGUUCAUCAAAAUCAAUAAAAAAGGUUACUCAACUAAUACUGGCCUUAGACGAAGUUGAAGAGUUUCACGGCAUAAAAGGAACAUCAACGAUAGUCCAGUAUCUUUCCGAUAGCAAAGACGCUUUGAAAAACCUUUUGAGAGCAGCUUCUUUAAAGGAGGAUUCAUUAGUUACUUUAGAAACUGUUGCGGAUGUUAGCUAUGCUUGGUGCACGAUAGACCUUUACACCAAACACAUGCAAGAUAGCAUUAAGGAAAAUCCAGCCGUGACAAGCAGACUUAGAGCACUCUUUUUAAAGCUGGCUAGUGCUAUGGAAAUUCCAUUGCUAAGAAUAAAUCAAGCUCACAGUGAUGAUUUGGUUUCGGUAUCACAGUACUAUAGCAAUGAGCUUAUUAAGUAUAUUCAAAGAGUUCUGCAAAUUAUACCAGAAAUGGUGUUUAAUAUUGUAGAAAAAAUUAUUGACCUGCAAACUUGGUCCAUCAAAGAAGUGCCAACUAGACUGGAAAAGGAGAGAUUAAGGGAUUUUGCACAAUUAGAAGACAGGAUGGAAGUUGCUAAACUUACGCAUUCUGCAUCUACUUUUACAACAGGAAUCUUAGACAUGCGGUCUACGUUAGUGGGCGUAAUAAGAGUUGAUCCUGCUGAACUAUUAGAAGAGGGAUUAUUAAAAGAAUUAGACAGGCAUAUUAGUAAAAAGUUCGCAGAAUUUUUGGAACCACAAGGUAAAAGGUAUUCACCGACAUCGAGUAAUUUGUUGUCCCGACUUCAAAAGUUGGCUGAAAGUAUGGAUGGCUACAAGAGAUCUCUGGAGUAUAUUCAGGACUAUAUCAACAUCCAUGGCUUAAGAAUAUGGCAAAAACAAAUAUCUGCAAUCAUUAAGGAGAGUGUAGCACGAGAGAUAAGUUUCCGAAAAGGAGUAACGUUAUACAGCCCGUCGGCUGGCUUUAUGGGUAGUCUAGCUCGACAGAUACCGCAGAUGUUAGAUGCCAGAAUAUGCACUUACAUAAAUGUUUGCGCAGCUUGGUAUGACGUGAAAUCACAAAAUGAAAUAAUAAACAACAAAACCUUUGGGAAAUUAAACGAUGCUAUUGGAGUCGUGGGCCUACAUGGUUUGGACACUUUAUAUGGGUUUAUGAUAAAAAACCAAAUGCAAAAUGUUCAGGAUAUAUUUCGAACUAGCCAAGAAAAGAUGUUUGUUGGAAAAAUCAGUGACGAUAUGAAAGAUAUAGAGCAGAUUAUUGGUAAAGGUUAUAAAAUUUUUCAACAAUUGUCUGAUGUACUUGUUUUGAUAGGCACAUUACAGAUCAUAAGGAGACAUAUUGCGUAUCAAUUAAAAACGACUUGCAAAUUUGAUUCGGCACAAUUAGAGGCCUCGUUAAGGACUGUGAACGAAUCAAUGAUUAACGAAUUAAAAGCAUCUACUUGCUUAGAAUCAAAACCUAUUAUCUCUCCGCUGCUUAUGCAAAACCUCGAUGAAUAUUUAUUGAGAUGUGGUAUUUAUGAACCGUACGAUAAAAUAUAUGUAAAACACGCGCAAGAGCUGUUAAACGCUGACAUGGGUAGAAUUCUAGGAGUACUGUUGAUAUCACAAUUACCUAAAUUACAAAUCUGUUAUACAACAGGUGACCUUAUAACGAGAAAACCAGGUGAAAAUAUAGAUGGAUAUCCAUUGUUAGUCGGCUUGUACACAGUGUUACGUCAGAGCAAAAGUGAAAAUGUCGAUAUCUUCGUUGACUUCCUAUGCUCCUAUGUUAGGUUGAAAUAUGCAGAAGCUUUACCUGAUGUAGCAUGUAUUGUGAGAAUAUUACAGCUAUUCUGUGAGACAUUUAAUUACCCAUUUGACAAACUUGAAGAUAAACUACCACUCAUUUUACUUACCCAUACUCUUCUUAAGUAAUAUAUAUAAUUAUAGUAAGUACAAAAUAUACACUGUGAUUUUUUAGUCGUCUUACAAAAGCAGCCCAGUUCA